GAUGAUGUUGGUAAUACAUCCAUUGUAGUGAGAUGGGAAAUGGCAAAUCCUGACUUAUAUUACAACGUUUCCAUUAAUGGGUCAGGAAAAGUGAAGUGGUCUAAAACCGACUACAACAAAAGCUCACAUAACUUUACUAAUCUGGAACCAUUCAAAAAUUAUACAGUUCAUGUUAGAGCUGUCAACAUUGCCUGCAAUGGAUCUAAUCAACCAAGUGCGGAAGCCUCCAUCACCCGUCAAACUAAAGAAGGGUGUCCAAAGAAACUUAAAGAUGUAAUAGAGCCUACCUUGAGGGACCACAAUAAGAUUGAAUUUAUAUGUGACGAUCUAACUUGGCCCCAAUACAACGGACCUGGUAUUUGGUACUGGGCGAGCAUAGCCAGUGAUAUUCCUCCAAUCAAUCAUACACGUUGUAAUUUCACAUUCAAAAACCUGAACUAUCUAACCCCAUACAAGGCACAGUUGAUUAUUGGCAAUAGUUUUUGCAACACCUCAAUUGAAAUCAAAGAGAUUACAACUUCAUACAAUGACAAAGCAUUAAUUGGAUUCCUGGCAUUUCUGAUCAUUGCUACCACUAUAGCACUGGCCAUUGUCCUCUACAAAAUAUACGUCUUGCAGAGGAAAUCUUCAAGACACCCCGAAGAAUCGGUGGAGCUUAUUGGACAUGAUGAUGAGAAGCAGCUGCUUACUGUGGAGCCUAUCCUUGCCGAACAACUGAUCGAUGCCUACAGGAGAAAGCAGGCGGAUGAAUCCAGAUUAUUCCUAGCGGAGUUCCAGAGCAUUCCGAGGGUUUUCACCAAGUUUUCAGUCAAGGAGGCUCGUAAAAAUUGUAAUGUGAACAAGAAUCGUUACGUGGACAUCUUGCCAUAUGAUCACAACCGUGUGCAACUUUCUACAGUGACCGGCGAGCAUGGGUCAGAUUACAUCAACGCUAGCUUCAUUGACGGCUUCAACGAACCGCGGAAGUACAUUGCUGCCCAAGGACCGAAAGAGGAAACAGCUGAUGAUUUCUGGAAAAUGGUGUGGGAACAGAAAGUGACUGUUGUCGUCAUGGUGACUCGCUGCGAGGAAGGGAAGCGGCCCAAGUGUACUCAGUAUUGGCCCACCAUGGAAGAGAAGUCCAUGUAUUUUGGGGACUUCUCAGUGAGAAUCAAGGAGGAGAAGUGGUGCCCGGACUAUGUCAUUCGCAAGCUCUUCAUUGCUCCGAAGGAAACAUCUCCAGAUCGAGAGGUGACGCAAAUCCAGUUCACCCGGUGGCCAGACCAUGGCGUUCCCGAGGACCCACAUCUUCUGCUCAAACUGCGGCAGAGAGUUAAUACCUUCAGAAACCUAUUCAGCGGCCCUAUUGUUGUACACUGCAGUGCUGGCGUGGGCCGCACAGGCAGCUACAUUGGGAUUGAUUCUAUGCUGCAGGCCCUCGAGGCAGAGGGGCGAGUGGAUGUUUAUGGAUACAUCGUUCAGCUCCGCCGCCAACGCUGUCUCAUGGUCCAGGUGGAGGCCCAGUACAUUCUGAUCCACCAGGCUCUGCUGGAGUAUUACCUCUACGGGGAAACGCAGGUCAACCUGCCCGAGCUGCCCAAACACCUGAUUAACUUCAAAAAGCGAGACCCACCAUCAGAGCCGUCCCUCCUGGAGUCCGAGUUCCAGAGGAUCCCGUUUUAUACUGAGUGGAGAUCCCAGGUGACGGGACGGCACGGAGAUAACCAACCCAAAAACCGCACUCCCUCCGUGAUCCCAUAUGAUUACAACAGAGUUUAUGUCAAGCUGGACAAUGACAAAAGCAAGGACAAUGAGAACCAGAGUGAGGAUGAUUCCACCUCGGACGAGAGUGAAGAUGACGAGUCCAAGUACAUCAAUGCUUCCUACAUAGACGGAUACUGGCAUUCGGAGACACUGAUCGCCACUCAGAUUCCCCUGCCUGGAACUGUUGCUGAUUUCUGGUCCAUGGUAUAUCAAAGAAAAGCAAAGGCCAUUGCACUGCUAGGCUCAUUAAACGACGAAAAGGAUGGUACAAAAUAUUGGGAAGAAGAUAAGAAGACCUAUGAUGAUAUUGAGGUUAAGUUGUGUAAAUGCACUGACCAGCCAGCAUUUACUGUUCGAGACUUUGAGAUACGACUUGUAAAGAAAGAAACGGCACAUACAGUGCACCUGUACCAUUUUGACGACUGGAAUAAUUUGGACCUUCCAUCUACGCCCGGUAACUUGAUCGACAUGAUCAGGAAUAUCAAGGAGAAGCAGCUGGCGUUGAAAGAUGCUGACACUAAGAUGGCGCCACCCAUCAUUACACAGUGCAGCGAUGGAGCCAAGAGGACAGGGUUGUUCUACGCUCUCUGGAACCUACUUGACAGUGCAGAUACUGAAAAUGUAAUAGAUGUUCUCCAGACAGUCAAAGCCCUACGCAAGCAAAGACCAGGAAUGCUCCCUAACUUUGACCAGUACCAGUUUCUCUUUGACAUCAUUGCCAGCACCUACCCAGUUCAGAACAGGUUAUCUGACAACGGUCCUGCACAAUCCUCUGUUGAGAUCAUCUCCGAGACCCCUUUGGAAGGAAAAUCUCAGCAGGAAGAUGCUUCAGACAGUAAGAAAGAAACAUCAGCUGCUGAUGCCACGGCAAACUCCAACAGUAACACACAGCCGACAGACACUCCUGCUAAUGGACCCAUUAAUGAAAAUGUGUGAGCAACUAUGGUCCUACAUGAAGCAGUGGUACUCACCAGUAUUUGUGUUAAUAAGGGAAAUUCCACAGGGUGCCCAUUAAUGUUAUCUUUUCUUGUGUGAACUUGAUUUAUCAAUGGAGGUGUCCAAAAAUAUUUGCUGUACUGUUCAAGAAUGGAGGCUUGAAGAUGAGUUUGAAUGUAUUUCCACGAGGAUAUUAAUUUCCUAAAUUAAAGCUUAGUUAAAAUGUUUUUGGGUUUUCAGGUUACAUCAGUAACUCCAAAAUAAAGCACAGAAGACUUUUUUCAGAGAUAAAAAUAGCUUUUAUAUAUAUAACUGUAUGUGUAUUGGAAAGCUGGAUUCUAAUUUUGCUUCUGGGUGUACUAUUUUUGGCAAUUCAUAUUUUAAGAUAAAAUGUCAUAUAUUGAGUGUGAUGGAAAUUCGUGAUAUAUUGUUUUGUAAUUUUUAGCUUUUUAUAAUACAGCCACUUUUCACUUUGCAAAUUAUUUUUAUAGUUGGUUUUUCAAGUGAAAGCUUUGCAGUUGAUCUGCUUAAGAAAUGGUUGUGUAUAUAGGUAUGGUUAUUUACGUUCCGUCAAAGCAUAUCUAUUACUUUGUUAAAGCAAACUGAUUCUUUGAACCAGAUUCAGGCAGUGGGUUAUCAUUUCCGAAUAAAAAUAUCACAGUUCAUUGACAAAAGACCAACAACGUGUUGUAGCUUGCAUGCAGAAAUGGCUGCGGUAUAGUGGCGAAAACUCGCGGUUAAGUCAAUAUUUAAACAAAAAAUGAAACCCGAUUUCAGUUUUGGGAACUGUGCAAUAGAUUGGAGCCACAAGAGAGCCACUGAGGAUUGGGGAACAAAAUAAACAGAGAAUCUCCGCAGGUCAGGCAUCACCUGUGGAAAGAGAGAUGACUGUCAGUUCAGACUGAGAGAGAUAAGUAGGUUUGAAGCAAAGGGUAAUGGGUGGAACAAAGAGGCAAUUGGGCACCUGUCACUGGCGAUUUACUGGGUAAUAAUCCAGGCCAUCUGAGAUAAAACAGGGCUGCAUAAAAGGACCACCCAUGGAGAUGUACAAAGUUAUCACCAGUGUUAUCAGUCUAAUUGUGAAUCUUUGCUGCAACUAGUUCCAAGAAGAUGUCAGGAUCUUCCCAGAUUCUACAAUUCCAUCAGUGAACUGGAAAAUGGUAUUUUCCCCCUGAGGCAAACCAAUACUCCUUUGAAAAGUACAGUUAAGACGAUCUUUUUGCAAAGAUUUGAUUGGUACCAAGUUUUUGAUGAAUUUCUAAAAGAUUUAGGUUUGAUAACAAUUGCUUCAGGUAAUAUUUUGUGAUUUUUGCUGUCAGUGGAUGUUGCUAAGGCUAUUGUUGAUGUACAAGUAUGUUUUCAGUGGAUGUUGAUGAGGCUACUGUUGAUUUUAAAGUAGUUUUCAGGAUCCAUGUUACCUUGUGUCCGCGUGAGCGUGAAAAUUCACUUUUCACCUUGGCUUCAGUGUUUGGAGAGAGACUUGAUUCCCUACAUUGCCCCAGUCACUUCAAAGGCAGCAAGCUGUAGGUAGAAGUGCGAUCUGUAUUUCUAAAUCGUCAUUCAUGAUCGCAAGAAAUCCCAAAGUGCUUUUGCGCCAAAAGAGAAACUUUAGAAUUGUUGAUAAUGUGGUGAUACGGGGAUGUCGCUGCUCAUUUGCACACAGCCAGCUGUAACAAACUAGUAAUGCAUUGUGUUUUAUAUUUCUAUCGAUGUUCGUUGAAGACCAGGACUCCUCGCUCGCUCUUGCGGAAGUCAGUGCCUUGGAGGUUUAUCUCCGUGGGAGAGCGCAGUAGGUUAUUCCACUCAAUAUCAAGUUGAUCUCCAACUUAUAACAGGGUUGAGGAGCAUGCAAUGCUUCUGCUAUUGGAGGGAUGUUUAUUAGGAAUCGGUCUGGUUGGUUCAAAUUGAGUUCUGUAUAUUUUACAUGAGAGGUUGCUAUUUAA